ACGAAUCAAGUUUGUCUGACCCCCUGAAAGUGUUGAGGGACAACAUGUUGUCACUGCAUGCGCAUGUGGACAGCAGGAUGGACUUCAUGCAAAGCACUUUGGACCAUAUCCUAGAUGCAUUGACAAAGCCAGGAUUCCGGCCACCAGCACAAUCGCCGUUGCCGUUAACGGCGAUGUCAGGCCCCUUUGCCGUUCAAGUUGGCACACAGCCAAGUGGCACAUCCGCAGCAGCAGCACAUACUGUUGCAUCUUCUUCUUCGGGUCCAGUGGUGAUUGCUGCAUCACCACAACAACCUGUUCAGUCAACUGGACAGCCGCAAGGUCAAUGGUAUCCCAAGACCCCAAUGAAACCACCUCUUGCCUUCUCCGGCGAGAGAAAGGACGAGGAACUCAACACAUGGUUGAGGACGGUCUCGGCUUGGGUGAAGGCCAAAAGGACCUUGCCUGAGGACGAAGUGGUAACUGCGGCGUCUUACCUUGAGGGUAAGGCAGCCAAGUGGUUAGAUGGUGUAGUUGUGAAGGCCGGGAGGCUCAAAGGGCCACUAAUGCCAUUAACAAACUUGACCAACGCAAGUUCAGCCUUAGAGGACUURGAGAGUGARUGGUCRAACAAGGACCCUCGCGAGUCCURGGUGGCACUAAGGAAAGGUCCUAGAGGGGAACAUUUCGUGGUGGAAGUCGAUGUGGGAGGCCGCAAAUGUGGUGCCUUCAUAGACAUUGGCUCCACGCGRAAUUACAUAAGUCGCGACUGUUUGGAAAGRCYGCACCUACARGACCGGGUACGGCACCUUAGUAGACCCGUAGCAUCUACUUUSGCCAACAAGGARCGCAUGAUUGUAACARACUACAUCAAGGACGUAGUYUGUACCUUCUCCUAUGGAGGAGGUGAGCUUAACCAUAAGAUCUCGUUCUUGGUUAGCGACGACUUGCCAUUYGAWAUGUUGUUAGGCAUGUACUACCUCGAAGUUGCUGAGCCCCAGUUCGACUGGGAUAAGAAGGUGCUCAAAUACAAGUUGCCCGAUGGCCGAACCGUCAGAUUGACUAAGUUCAAGGYCAGUAGUAUUGUAGAUACCUAUGGCUGCUUGUGCGCAUCAGCAUUCUAUAACUAUUACAAGCAAAACCGAGAGGAGGGUAUGUACCUUGUUUAUGUCUCUGAGAAGGGGGAGGCCGUUAAAACACCCCCAGAGAUAGAACGCAUCGUUGCUAAGUUCCCUGAUCUGUUCGAGGAACCCUCAGGAGUUGUUGAUAGGGAAGUCGUCCACGCUAUAGAAAUCAUUCCAGGGAGUAAGACCCCAAAGGGAAGGAUCUAUAGGAUGGCCCCUACCGAGUUAGAUGAACUUCGGAAGCAACUCAAGGAGCUGACAGAGAAGGGUUGGAUUCGUCCUAGUACUUCCCCUUACGGAUCACCCGUGCUAUUCGUUCCGAAGAAGGGGGGUACUUUGAGGAUGUGCAUUGAUUAUAGAGUCCUCAAUGCCAUCACUAUGAAAAACGCAGAGCCUCUACCUUGCAUAGACGACCUACUGGAUAGGGUGCAGGGAUGCAAGUACUAUACGAAAAUAGACUUGAAAUCCGGAUAUCAUCAGAUCGCAAUAAGACCUGAGGACCAACACAAGACAGCUUUUCAGACUAGAUAUGGUCUGUAUGAGUUUGUAGUGAUGCCUUUCGGUCUUUGUAAUGCGUCGGGUACAUUCCAGCACGCUAUGAAUCGAAUCUUCCAUGAUCAUUUAGAUAAGUUUGUCGUAGUCUAUCUAGACAACAUUCUGAUUUUUAGUAAGUCUGCCGAGGAGCACGCACAGCAUCUUGAGACAGUUCUCUCACUCCUUCGACAGCACAAGUAUAAGGUCAACUUAGAGAAGUGUGAGUUCGGUCGCACAAAGAUUCUAUACUUGGGUCAUGAAGUAUCCGCGGAAGGAAUUAGGUCGGAAGAUGCGAAGGUGGCUAGUAUUCAAGACUGGCCACGACCUCAGACAGUCACUGAGGUCAGAUCAUUCUUAGGAAUGUGCGGCUACUAUAGGAACUUCGUAAAUAACUAUUCUACAGUCGCCUCUCCUUUGACUGAUCUAACUCGACUUGACACACCGUGGGACUGGAGUGAUGAGUGCGAGGGUGCUUUCAAAAGAUUGAAGCAUGCACUCAUGAAUCAUGAAGUUCUCAUGGUUCCCGAUCUGCAAAAGCCAUUCAUAGUGACCACUGACGCAAGCCAAUACGGCAUUGGCGCAGUGCUGGCUCAGCGGGAUGGAAAAAAGUUGAGACCGAUUGAGUACAUGAGUAAGAAGAUGCCAUCGAAGAAGCUGGCUAAGUCCACCUACGAAAGGGAACUCUAUGCUCUCUACAAGGCACUUGUCCAUUGGAGACACUUCCUUUUGGGAAGAUUCUUCUAUCUGAGGACUGAUCAUCAGACCCUCAAAUGGAUCAAGACUCAACCGGCUCUUUCUGAUGCACUCAAGCGAUGGAUUGAGGUCAUAGACCAAUAUGACUUCAAGCUUGAGUACCUGAAAGGAGAGUACAACAAGGUUGCAGAAGCGCUAUCCCGUAGAGCAGACUACCUAGGUGCGCUAGUUUCUGAAUUUGGCGUAUCUAAUGAAGUAACUCAAUCAUUGGUGGGAGCCUAUCAGGAAGACCCUGUCACGAUGGACAUCAUCCGCAAACUUCAGGCAAAAGACAAGGCCACAGAAAGUGAGUUUGUGAUGGUGGAUGGGCUAAUCUAUCUUGAUAAGGCCGGAGUAAAGAGAUUGGUAGUUCCAUCUAGUGAACAGUUGCGUAGUUUAUUUUUAGGCGAAUGUCAUGACGCAACUGGGCACUUUGGCUACAAGAAAACGAGUGCUAACUUAGUACAACGAUUUUGGUGGCCCAGAAUGUUAGAUGACGCAAAGAAGUAUGUUGAGACCUGUCAGGUCUGUCAGCGAGACAAGCCGCGAACCCAAGCACCACUUGGGUUAUUGAAGCCUUUACCUAUUCCUGAUGGUCCAGGAUUGAGUGUUUCCAUGGAUUUCAUGGACACCCUUGUGACCAGCAAGAGUGGUAAGAGGCACAUCUUCGUCAUCAUUGACCGAUUUACCAAGUACGCUAGACUCAUUCCAAUGCCAGAGACAGCCAGGACAGAAUACGUCAUCAAGUUGUUCAAGGACAAUUGGGUAAGGGACUUUGGUUUACCAAAGACCAUCAUUAGUGAUCGGGACGUCCGAUUCACAAGUGAGUUGUGGAAGAAGACUGCGGAACAGAUGGGCAGUCAACUUCAAAUGACUUCAGGGAAUCAUCCCGAAGCCAACGGACAGGCUGAACAAAUGAAUAGAGUUGUACAGCACUUGCUGAGGCAUUACAUCAAGCCCAGCGAGGAUGACUGGGAUGAGCAGUUACCUCUCAUCGCUAGCCUGUACAACAAUGCUAUACAUAGUAGUACCGGCGUUAGUCCUAACCAGCUGCACUUAGGAUGGAAGCCUAGAUCAGCAUUAGACUUCCUCCUACCUGAAAACCGACCCGAUGCAACUCUAGGCACACUUGAAUAUGGUGUGCAAUAUGAGAAGUUGCUGCAAGAUGCUAUUGAACAUAUGAAGAAAGCUCAGCAAGCCAUGAUUGCUUCUGAGAAUCAACAUCGCAGACAGUCCACAUUUCAGGUAGGGGAAAGUGUCUGGGUCAAGGCUAGUGAGUUAGGACAGGAGUUCGGAAUAUCUCGUAAACUAAUGCCUCAAUACUUUGGUCCCUGGGAAAUCUUGGAUGUAGUGGGAGAUGAGUCAGAUGGUCCCACAUAUGUCAUUCGUGGCCCUGGACACCUACGCACUCACCCAGUCUUUCAUGCCUCAAAGCUUGCACCUUUCGCUGAGACUGAUCAAUUCCCUUCCAGGAGAUCGAUGCUGGCCCCAACCAUGGAUGGACAAGUCGACAUCGACGACAUUGUGGAUCACAGGGAUAUGCCUCCUCAAAUCGAAUUGGACGAAUCAGAUGAAGAGAUGGAGCGAACACAACAGAGAAAGCUAUUGGAGCAAGCUCACGGCUCGCCAAUGGUUUUGACAUCUCAGGAAAGCAGGAAUGUUCGACUCCCUCAGUAUCAAGGAGAGAAGCAUUAUCACCAUAAUCCUCACAAGAAAAAUCCACUGGAGGUGGACGUUACUGGAGAGCUGAGAAAAUCUGGGCCGUUGUCUCCUCCAACAUCAAUUGCAAGAAUGGUGGUUCAGCCAACCCUGAACAAAAGGUAUAUGGAAAUAGAAGCACCUUUUCGUCGGCAACUGAAGACGUCAUCAGUGCAAUUAAUGAAACGAAGGAUGGAUCCAGCAACUGUGCCUCGCCAGUUCUGCUUAGAACCUGACGUCAUUGACUUUGGGAAGGUACUGCUGGGAAGCAGCCACAAGCAGACAGCAAUUCUACACAACUUUGACUCGGAUAUGGGAGCUUUCAAGCUGAAGCCAUGGAAGAAGCCAUUACAUGUUAUUUACAGUCCUGGAAGGGAGGAGGAGGAGCAGAUGGUCGCCGUCCUGAGGGAAAGAAAGGAGAAGAAAGAGGUCAAGAAGAAGGCCCUACAGGAGGAGCAGGUGGCCAAGUUGAAGAAGAUGGAGGAAGAGAUGGCCAGAGAGAAAGAGAGAAUAAAGAAAGAAGAAGAGGAGAAGCGGAAAGAGGUGGAGGAGGAAGAGGAGGAAGAUGAAACGCCACUGCAAAGGAAGAGGGGGCAGUACAGUGGCAGCAGAGAUGAUGAGAUGGAAAAACGGAUUUCAGAAUGGGUCGCCAACUUAUCCCUGGGUGAAGAAGAAGAGGUGGCAAUGUAUAUCCCCAAGGAUGAUCAAGAGGCCGCUAUGAGAGCUUGGGACGCAGAAGAAGAUGUCAUAAAGCCGCAGGCGAUGGAAGAUGAGAAGAGGAUGGAAUGGAAGCUGGCAAUGAUGAGGGAGAAGAAGAGGAGAGUGGACGUGGCAGCAGAUGCGGCGGAAGAAUUGGAGGAGGUAAAAAAGAUAGAAGAGCAAUUAGUCGCCCAGGCUGAACUCCCAAAGAAAAUGGAGGUCAAAGCCCGAAACGUCGCACGCUUAGCGCGAAUUCAGGCAGAGCAGUAUGACUUCAGUAGGAGUCAGCAUAUAGCUGUGCGUUCGAUACGAUUGGGAUUUCGGGACUUUGCUCGUGAGUUGGUGGGAGUUGUAGGAGCCGAGGUGGGCCACCGCCUCGACAAGACCGAGCGGUUUUGUGCUAGCGCCAUUGAUGGCGUCAAGGCGGCAGCUCCCAAGGAGGAGGAAGCACGUUCUCGCCGGGAGCCGGUCAAAGUCAAAUUCCCUGAUUCCUACAGAGGAAAACGGGAAGAAAACUUUGACAAUUGGAAGGCCAAUGUCAAGACCUAUGCGCAUUUGCAACAGGUCUCCCCGGAUCAGCAUGUUCUAAUUGCGAUCCACACGCUUAGAGAUGAGGCCGCCAGCUUCGCAAGGUUCCUAGUUCGUGCUGCCAACUGCAAUGAUGAUGCAGUUGCAUACUCGUCAUUCACCCCCCUCGUUGAUUUUCUGAAAUUGCUGCGCGGGCGGUUUGCAGACGUCGCUCGGAGUGUCAAAGCCUCAGAUAAGCUCCAGACAAUCCACGCUCGUAAGUGGAAGAGCGCCAGGGCACUUAAGAGUACCAUGGACGAGUUAGUGGCGGUACCUGACCACGGGGUCACAGACACCCAGUUGGUCGCCCUCUUCUAUCGGGCGAUGCCCGAAGCCUUCCGUGGGCAUUUCUUCGCCAAGAGCGAAGAUCCUGCCACCACGUACGAUUCYCUUAGCCGUGAAGUGGUGGCCUUKGAAGCAAAGUCGGUGUCAGUUUCUACAUUCUGGCACAAGGACUUAGAUAAGGGAAAGCAAUGGAAGGGCCGCACUAUCUCRGGGCAAGUGAAGACUAAGKAUAGUCUUGUCCUAACUUUAGAUGAGGGUAGUGUGGAUGAGAUCCCCUACGACCAGAUUGAGUGGGGGUUAGAGGAGGAGGACAGCGGUGUGGGUCAGGGGAGAACUUACGCUGUUGUCGCGGCUGGAGGGAGGCCGCAAGGAGGAGGACGAGGCCAGGGCCAAGGGGGUCGGGCCUCAGGGGGCCGGUUUCAGGGCGAUCGGGGGGUUGGCGGCAAAGGAGGAAACCACCAAGCGAGAGAAAGGGGUCAAGGUCCCCCGCAAAACCGUCCUAGGAACAGGUCUCCCUAUAGGGUCUUGGAGAAGCUAAGAGAAGCUAACUUCAAGAUCAAUGCAAAGAAGUGCGAUUGGGCAAAGACCCAAGUUUUGUAUUUAGGCCAUGUCUUAGACGGAGACGGCAUCAAGCCCAAAGACAGCAAGAUUGCAGCGAUUAGAGAUUGGCCGACACCGCGUACGUUGACAGAGUUGCGGUCGUUCUUAGGCCUAGCAAACUAUUAUAGGAAGUUGCCCUUUGUCGUCACUACGGACGCUAGUCAGUACGGCAUAGGUGUUGUGUUGCAGCAAGACGAUGGCAAUGGGUAUAGACCCGUAGAAUUCAUGUCCGCCAGAAUGCCUUCAGAAAAGGUCGCGACAUCUACCUAUGAGAGGGAACUCUACGCUCUCAGGCAAGCCUUAGAACAUUGGAAACACUACUUGCUUGGGAGGCAUUUCAAAGUCUAUUCCGACCGUGAGAUAUUGAGAUGGUUAAAGACGCAGGCCAAGAUGAGACCUAAGCUUACUAGGUGGGCCGCAGAGAUAGAUCAGUAUGACUUUGAGCUCAAGCCAGUCAAGGGAAAGUAUAACGUAGUUGCGGAUGCUCUGAGUAUGAGAGUUGAUUACUUUGGGGCAAUAGUGCAUUACCUAGACAUAGGGAGGGACCUGCACCAGAAGAUUAGAGAAGCCUAUGCGCAGGAUCCUAUCUAUAAUGACCUCCUCAAGAGGGUCAAGGAGGCCCCAGAGACUGAGCCGAACUACCGCACUACUGAAAGGUUGCUCUUUGAGAAGACUAAUGUAUUUGACCGCCUGUGCAUCCCCAAUAGUGAAGAGGUCCAUAGUCUGAUCUUGGGAGAAUGCCAUGACACAGAGGGUCAUUUUGGUUGGCAAAAGACUUUAGCCAAUCUGAUGCGCGCAUACACGUGGUCAGGGAUGAAGAAUGACUGCGUAGAGUAUGUCCGCAGUUGUAAAGUUUGCCAACGUAAUAAGACCAGGACGCGCGCCCUGCUAGGUCUUCUCAGACCCUUGCCCAUUCCAGACCAGCCGGGAGACUCAGUGUCCAUCGACUUUAUGGACACCCAAGUCAAGAGUAGGCAUGGGUCUGCUCAUAUCGACUCGCAAUGCAAGCGUACGCAAGCAGUCGCAAUGAUGGCGUACUACGUAGUGCCCAUGACCAAGCGGUCCCUCGUGGAUCCGAGUACCACUUAUGACACUCAAGUGUCAGACUCGAAGUAUCGUGAGGGUCUACUCCCUCACGAUAUUGCACGGCUGAAGGAAUAGCCGUGCGGCCGCCGCGAGACCUCGGGCCUUCGGCUUGAGUGUCUCGGCAGGUAAGGCAAAUAGGCUCUGCGCGGGGGGAAAUUCCUUCCAUGCAGAGCCUAGGGCUUGGGAUGUC